AUGCUCGGCCGGGCGGCUGGGAGGAACAGCUACAGCCCCUACUCGGCGGGGCGCCGCAGGACGGGUAAAGCCAACUCGCCCAAACGCUCCCUGGACUCGCUGCCCCACGCGCCCGCUGUGUGGCUGACGGACCUCUCCCGCAAGGAUUGCCUGGAGGCGCCCAGCUCCGGCCUGGGGGAGCUGCCCCCCGCCAGCUCCAAGCUCAGCACCAGCCCCAGUGCCGUGGGUACCCUCAAGCGCCCCACCAGCCUCAGCCGCCAUGCCAGCGCCGCCGGCUUCCCCCUCACCACGGCGGGCCCUAGGGCUGUGCCCAAGGUCCACAAGACCCCCACAUCCUACAGCCCCAUGGAUGGCGGGGAGGGCCCCUUCAUCGACACGGAGGACAUCUCCCAGCUGCUGACGGACGUGGCCCGCUUCGCCGAUGCCCUGGAGAACCUGCGGGAUGUGGUGCUGCGUGACGACCCCACAGAGCCCCAGCGGCCGCUGGCCCACGAGUGCCUGGGCGAAACCCUGCGCAUCCUGCGCCAGGUCAUCAACAAGUACCCGCUGCUCAACACCCUGGAGACCCUGACGGCCGCGGGGACCCUCAUCUCCAAAGUCAAGGGUUUCCAUUACGAAUCCAACAAUGAGACGGACAAGCGGGAGUUCGAGAAGGCCGUGGAGACCAUCGCGGUGUCCUUCAGCAGCACCGUGUCCGAGUUCCUCAUGGGGGAGGUGGACAGCAGCACCAUCCUCUCCAUCCCACCCAGCGACCAGAACCAGACUAUGGAGAGCCUCUACGGGGGGAUCCCCGGGCCUGGAGGAGACGGCAUGCCUUCGGGCAUGGAAAGCUAUAACACGGGCCGUCCUCCUGCCGAGGAAGUGGACGUGAUACUGCAGCGCUGCGAGGGGGUAGAUGCUGCCCUCCAGUACGCCAAAAACAUCUCCAAGUACAUGAAGGACCUCAUUGGAUACCUGGAGAAAAGGACCACGCUGGAAAUGGAGUUUGCCAAAGGGCUUCAGAAGAUGGCAAACAGCUGCAAGCAAACCAUCAGCCAGGAGACCAACAUGCCUUUCCUGUCCAUCUACCUGCUGGCCCUGGAGCAGGAUAUGGAGCACGGGACGUCGGUUCUGCAGGCUGCCAACACCCUGCAGCACCAAACCUUCCUCCAGCCGCUAACAGUGAGACGCCUUGAACAUGAAAAACGGAGGAAGGAGAUCAAGGAGCAGUGGCACCGGGCCCAGAGGAAACUGCAAGAGGCAGAGGUGAACCUGCGCAAGGCCAAGCAGAUAUACAUGCAGCGCAGCGAGGAGCACGACAAGGCCAAGUACAUGGCGGUGAAAGCAGAAGAAGAGCAGCAGAACACCACUAGCAGCAUCACCACCAAAACCCUGGACAAGAAGAGGCGGCUGGAAGAGGAAGCCAAGAACAAGGCAGAAGAGGCGAUGGCCACAUAUCGGACCUGUGUUGCGGACGCCAAUACCCAGAAGCAGGAGUUGGAGGAUACCAAGGUGAACUCCUUGCGGCAGAUCCACGAAGUGAUCAAACAGAGCGACCAGGUCAUCAAGACGGCCACAAUCUCCUUCUACCAGAUCAUGCACAUGCAGACGGCCCCACUGCCCGUCAACUUCCAGACACUGUGCGAGAGCAGCAAGCUCUACGACCCCGGCCAGCAAUACGCCUCUCACGUCAAGCAGCUGCAGCGAGGAGACGAACCCGACAUCCAGUACGACUUUGAACCCUACGUGUCACACAAUGCCUGGUCCCCCUUUACUCGGACGCGGAAAGGCAGCUUCAAUGCCAAUGACUUCUCAACGAAUGCCGGCUCUGACGGGGCCGGGCUGCCCAAGGACGGGACCGGCUCGGAAGGAGGGGCAGGAGCCAAGGAGCAGCAAAGCGGGGCUGUGGCGGCUGAGCGGAGAGGUGGGAGGGGACACCAGGUCCAUAAAUCCUGGCCAACAUCCAUUACUGAAGCUGACAGCAGCCUGGAUUCAAACGCAGGUGAAUUCAGCCAUAAACUCCGGCGGUUGUCUUCCAACGGCACCAUGUCCUCCAGCGAAGAGCUGGAGGAGAAGGAUGAGAACGCCACCCCCUUUGAGCAGAGCAUCAAUGGGAUGACCCCAGAGAUGACGGCUCCAACGGGGCCCUUCCGAAACGUUGGCUUAUCCAAGGCUGCCCAGACUCAUCGGCUCAGGAAGCUCCGGACCCCUUCCAAGUGUCGGGAGUGCAACAGCUACGUUUACUUCCAGGGAGCAGAAUGCGAGGAGUGCUACCUGGCCUGCCACAAGAAGUGUCUGGAAACCUUGGCCAUCCAGUGCGGGCACAAGAAACUCCAAGGGAAGCUGCAGCUUUUCGGGCAAGACUUCACAAAGGCUUCUCAGAGCAGCUCAGAUGGCAUCCCCUUCAUCAUCAAGAAGUGCAUUUCUGAGAUUGAGAAGCGGGCACUGAAAACCAAGGGCAUCUACCGAGUUAACGGCGUCAAGACCCGUGUGGAGAAGCUUUGCCAGGCAUUUGAGAAUGGAAAAGAGCUGGUGGAGCUGUCGCAGGCCUCCCCUCAUGAUAUCAGCAACGUCUUGAAGCUCUACCUGAGACAGCUGCCGGAGCCCAUUAUGCCCUUCCGCAUGUACAACGAGCUGAUGGGCCUGGCCAAGGAGAGCUUACAGGGCGGCGAGGCCAAGGGCAAGAGCGGGAAGGGGGGCCCUGAGCUGGUGGACAAGGGAGCCGACACGGACAAGGUGGUGGUGAACCUGGUGCUGAAGCUGAAGGAGCUGCUGAAGGAGCUGCCCUGGGAGAACAUGGCCACGCUGCAGUACCUCCUGCAGCACCUCAGAAGGAUCGUGGAAGUGGAACAGGACAACAAGAUGACCUCAAGCAACCUGGGCAUCGUCUUUGGGCCAACACUGAUGCGCCCGAGGCCCACGGAUGCCACCAUUUCCUUGUCCUCGCUGGUUGAUUAUCCCCACCAAGCUCGCAUCAUCGAGGCGCUCAUCAUCUUCUAUUCGACCAUCUUUGAGAACAAGGAGACCACGGUGCUGCCCGACUCCAGCAAAUACGCCAUGGACAGCAAGGAGGAGGCAGCCAGCUGCUCUGACCUGGCCAACGCAGGCUCCCCGCCCGCAGCUUCUCCUGGCAGCAUCCCCUACCUGGAGCUGCCUUCGGAGAAAGGGAACCUGGAUUACAGCGCUGACUCAUUCGCAGAGUCUGGCGACCGCUCCGUUGACUCCGACUCCGAGCUGGAGGACAGCGGGGAGCUGCUGGCUGCCGCGGACGGGGGCCCACGGACCCAGCUAACGAAACAGGAGAGCGAGACCAGCACAGACGAAGCUCAGUUCUGCGAUGACGGGAGCGAGGGACAGCGCAGCCGGAGCUGCAGCAUGGGCCAGUUUGAUGCGGAGGGCACCGCUCCCCGCUGCUGCAGCCCAGGAGAAGAGCAAAGCGAUGCAGAAGAAUACCCCGAGAGCCGCCUCCCCGCUGCCGGCACGGACUACAACACAAACCAGUCCAACAACACAUCCACGCCUGCCGCUGCCCGGCAUCUGGCAGCCAGAUGCCAAGGCGGCCGCGAGCCAGGCAGCGAGCAGCAGCCCCGGUUUAUCUAA